UGCUUUCCGGCUCAUCCUGGCAGGUUCUGGGGUGUUUCCAUGCUGGAUGGGAUAAUCACUCCAGCACUGUCUGGGUCUAUUCCAGGAUCUGGGUAUUACUUCAAAAUAGCUAUUGAUAUUCUUGUGCAGAGCCGGCCCAAGCCUCUGCUGUGCAAUGUGCACUGAGCAAAAUUUGAUUUUGGGGCCCUCUAUUUCUGCUAGUAAUAUUGAUUGUUGAUCAUUCACACACGCUCACAAAUCUCUUUGAUUAACAUUCCAUGACAUGCAAACAUACCUUUAUCUUGGCAUUUUUUCUCUUCUCUCUCUUUCUUUUCUCUGCUCCUGUAGGAUAUGUACGACAUUGUUUUGCCCCACAACUACCUGUGCUUUGAAUGCUCAGUGCACAUUGCACAGCAGAAGGCACAUAACAGUAGCAGAGCUUUGACAUAUCGGCAGUAAGAAUCAUAGGCCUACAUCAGCAGCAGCACAAAAAUGUUUAUACUUUAUUUUAUUUUAUUUUUACAAUAAUAUAUAUUUGAUUAUACAGAAAGCAUCAUUCAUACAUGCUUAGGGCCCUGGCUGCAGGGCCCUAAGCAGGCGCUUAGUUCGCUUAUGCCUUGGGCCGGCUCUGUCCUUGUGGUAUAUUUUUAACUGAAAAGGUAAGGAUGUUUUAUCCUGUAAGGUUUCCAGCCUUAUCUGCAUCCCUGAUCUCACACUCUGAAGGUAACAUAUCCUGUAAAGCUAGAACAGUUUAGAGCAGGUAUCGUAUUUAUCCAACCAUGCACAUCAACAAUGUUAUUUUAUGCCCAUUUGAUCUCCUUCAAUGUUCAAAAGGGGAAAAUACAUGUGUAAUUUAUAUUUUAUAUGUAAAAUUAACUGUGGUUAAACCUCGUAAGUCAUAAGAUAUCGGCCCGAGAAGAGAAAAUUGUGGUUUUUCUCUGCUAUAACUUAAUAAUUACUCUUUAACCUUUUUUUGUAAAGGGAUUAUGCAAGAAGCUUUUUUUUUAACAAAGAAAAAAAAUAUAUAUAUAUAUAAUUAUGAAUUUAUAAUUUGCGUAGUUUGACGUACAGCAGCCGAUUUGACGUCAUAUCCGCCGCAGCUUCGGAUUGCAUCUCCCGCACUACGGUCUCUGAAGAGUCUGCGUACAGCUUUCUCACGCCUACAUCAGGUAUUCAAUUAUUUUAUCCUUUGGAUUGUUUAGCUUAAAUAUUAAAGUUCACAUGAUUUGCGCAGUAUACACGGACUUUGGCCUCUUACCCAAAUAAAGCGCUUUUAUCUGUUCAGACUAGUCAUCAUUUACUCUCAGGGCUAACGCUAACUAGCCUAGCGGGCUAACAACCGCAGCUGAUUUUCUAGAUAUUUUAAAGCUUCUGGAAGAAAAACGAAGUUGCUUGAUAGAUUAAUAAUAAAUGUAUUAGCUGGUUUGUAUCAAUAAGCCACGAUUUAAGUGAAUGGUAAACCGUCGAACAAAUACCAAAAUGAUAUGGGUUUAUAUGUCCUGACUAGGCUAAAAUAAGGCGUGCCCUGAUGUUACUAUGGCUUUGUCCUAACACAGAUAUCAUCGUAGUGAAUUUUUCCACUUAUUGACUCCUGUGCAGGUUUUCUUUGUAUUUUACUCGUCAAUGAUUUACUGCAGUGACUACUGCACCUCAAACCUUUGUAGGGCUGGACGAUAAAACGACAACGAUAUAUAUCGAAAAUUAAUUUCCCUCGAUAUCGAUAUGAAACAUGGUCAAUAUGCUUUUCAAUAGCCAGCGUUUUGCCAUGUUUUGGUAGACUAUACGGAUAGCCAAUGAAAAGGAGAGUUGCUCCGGGACCAUUCAGUCCGCUUUCCCUACCGCAACACCUUACGACAAUACGUCAGAGAGACUCAAAAGACCUCACAAAUGCAGUAGUUUUAUUGUAUUGCAAAAGACAUGUAACCAAUUGGCACUGUUAAAUUUCAUUUAAGGGUAACAGGGAACAUCUAUGAUUGACAAGUGAUUUUUUUAUAUUGUGUUGUAUAGAUCGAUAUUGACUGAUAUGAAAAAAAUGUAUUGUGAUAAACCUUUACUCAUAUCGCUUAGCCCUACUUGAUAGUUUUUCUUUGACCUACAUUUGAGAUGUGCUCUGGAUACGUAAACAACCGGCUUGAUUUGAUUCCGUAUCUUCAAUCAAACCAGAAAAAAAGAUUAUGUAAAAGUAAAGACUAACAUUUUACCCAAAGUCAAAAUUGUAGUGUGAAAAGCAAAGCCCUGAAUGCAGAUCCUCUACAUUCAAAAACAAACAGUGAUUUUCACACUUGAAUCUACUGACUAAUUUUCAUUUAUUCAACAAUAUUAGAUGCAGUCUGAAGUGCUAAUCUAAAUGGUUGAAGGCUUAAAUUCAAGUCUGAACAUUAAUUUUCUCUUAAAUCAGUUUGUAAACCAGUCAAAACUUCAAUAAUCUAACAGUGCAAUACCAACAAUACAUCGUUUAUAAAACUACACUGUGCAAUACUCUGUUAUACUGUAAAAGUAUUGUACUAUUAUACCGUGUAAUAUCCUGCAGAUCAAUGCCUGUAUACAAAGCAAACUAGUUUUGCAUACACUUUAUACUCUGUUCUUUAUUCUCUAAUUAACUUUUGUAUUUUCAAGAGCAGGUGUAACGACUGAAUUUCCCAAAUAAAAUAUUCUGAUUCUGAUGAUUAAAAGCUUUCAAGACUAAUCAUACCUGACUGACAAGCUAUAACAAAACACAUUCAAGAAGCUGAAGCUAGCGAAUGAUUAACAGUUAUGCAUGCAAUAUCAGCAAAUCGAUUAAUCUAUGAAAAGAAUACCAGUUGUGAAGUUUGGAGUUUACAGAUUAAAUUUGUUUCUGUCAUUGUGUUUAUCAAUCUAGCUCUAUCAUUUGCAGCUCAUUGUUCUAACAUUGACUGUCUGUUGUUUACCUCCCAGAAUCAGAAAGGAUCAACCAUGGCAAACCAACCCAUGGACAUCAUCGCGAAGGUUUUGGAGCAGUCUGCCAAGCUGGUGGAGGAGUCGGUGGAUGCACAGCUGAGCAAACUGAAUGAAAUGGAUGAAGAUGAUUUGGAAAGACUGAAGGAAAGGCGGUUAGAGGCGCUCAAAAAAGCUCAGAAACAGAAGCAGGUAUGUUGAGUGUUGUUUUCUUCCAUUGUUUGAUAUUUUGUACUGAAUUGUGCAUGUAUUAUUGCACCGUGCAAGAAGUUUGCAUAAUCUUGACUAUUCAAUAAAUCAACUUCUGAAGCUAUUACAGCACCUAUAACUGUAACACAAAAUGGGCACCCACUGGAAAAAAAAUGAAUAUAUUCAUGCCUCUGCUUGGACACCUGUGAAUCUCAGUUUUGUAGAGACAGAAGAGAUCAAAUAUAUUGGAUUUUGCUGGAGGUGAUUUUUCUCUAAAAUAAUAAAACCUCCUUUUCAUUUUUAUACUAAACUUAUUACAAAGUCAAGAGACUUCUUGCAUAUUGAAGAUACUUGGUGAUCAAUUUACAUCGAGCCUUAGUCAGAAACCAAAGAUACAACAAAGUGUGAUGGAGAUUUGUUUUGUGAUUGAAAUUAUUGGAGCAUAUUCAAAAUUCUUUCAAAGACUACUGCUGGUAGCUGGUAAAAAUAGAAUUUUAAGUCAAGAGUUUUUCUCUACAGUCUAGAGAUUUUUCUUUUUUAAAGGGGGGUAUGGUUUGCUGCUUUGCUCAUCUCAUAGCGGCCGACAGUCUAUGCUUGAUUUCAUACGUUUUCAUCUUCUUUGUGAUUUAUUGCUCUGCUUUGUGUUUUUUAGGAGUGGUUGUCUAAAGGCCACGGGGAGUUCAGAGAAAUCCCGAGUGAGAAGGACUUCUUCGGCGAGGUCAAGGAGAGCAAGAAUGUCGUCUGCCACUUCUACAGAAGUUCAACCUUCAGGUCAGAGCAGAAGCAAUUCAGGAAUUUUCAACUAUUACUCAUCAAGUAGAAGAGUAAACAGAGAAUAAACCUGUCAUACUUUUAAUGAGAAAACAUAAAAACACACUCUGUUUCUCUGCUUCUGCUUUUUUAGCACCUGUGGGGAUGCCCUAAAGAGCUUUUUUGGCCCCUGAUCUCAAACCGAUUCUUUAAUAUGAAGUUUUUAAUAUCCAGUAUCUACAGAUAUGCAAUGCAACAUUUAUAUUUUCCAGGAUAACAAAGUUGCGCAUUGUUACCCACCCUCUGUGGAUCCAAAAUGUGAUCAGGACGUCCUUACAUACUAACAAUAAAGCAUGUAGUCUUUAACGCCUUUUUCAUGUCAUCAACAUGGUCAAAUUUUGCACUAGAUGUCUUUUACAUAUUCAUAUCUUUGGUCUAAAAGAUUCUCUGCUUGGGUGAAUUGUUGUUAGGUUGUUAAAUUUAACACCCUGUUCUCAUUCUUCUCUCCCACAGAUGUAAGAUCCUUGAUAAGCACUUGGCCAUCUUGGCAAAAAAGCAUGUUGAGACAAAGUUCAUCAAACUGAACGUGGAUAAGGCCCCGUUCCUGACAGAGAGGCUGAGGAUCAAAGUUAUUCCCACCCUGGCCCUGCUUAUAGACGGGAAAACCAAGGACUAUGUGGUGGGCUUCACUGACCUUGGAAACACAGACGAGUUUCCCACAGAGGUGCUCGAAUGGAGACUUGGCUGUGCAAGUGUCAUCAACUACAGGUGAGACUUAAAACAGACCGUCUCCUUCAAGCAUUACAUCUACUCAAUCCAAGUCAUGUGCUAACAACUUCUGAUUGAAUUUCUCUGUUUUAGCGGUAACCUGAUGGAGCCUCCAACAGUGAACCAGAGGUCAGGAACAAAGUUCACAAAGGUGGAGAAGAAAACCAUCAGAGGGAGAGCCUAUGACUCAGACUCAGACUCUGGAGACGACUGAGAAGCACCACCAGUGGUCUGGUUUUCUCUCUCAGGGCUACCUCACCUUAAAAAUAAAUCCAGCAGACAGCCCGCUUUGAUUUUUUUUCAUCCUUUUCUCUCAGUGACUUACCUACUUUUUACAAAUGUAAUUUAACAUGUCUUCAAAUUACUUUAUGAAAGCUUUUUGAAUUUUUGUUUCACACUUAUUUAAUAAAUCGUCUCCCAUGUUUCCUAUUUGAAUACAUUAAAAAACAACUUGCAUUUCUCAAACAAGGUAACAUCUAACUACAUUUUGUAGAGGACCAUAGACUGUAUAUAAAAUGGACAGCGUCUGCCUCCCCGCUGGGUGAAGCCACUACGAGAACAGCUGUUUGAGCUGAGCGUCAUCACAGCGACUCUCCCGCUGAAUGCGUACAACACCACUGCACAGUGUUGGUUUCAGGAAAUGGAGAAAAAAUGCAGAAUCACCAAGAGCAUUUUGGCUUCAAAUCUGUAUACAGGUGGAAGGCAGAACAAAGUUGUCCAUUGUAUAUACAGUCUAUGUAGAGGACACAGAAGGUGUCGACAAACCUGCUACUUUGUCACCUCAUUGUUUUUGAUCCUUGAAUGUUUUCAAUCCUUGAACUUCUGUCAUGAACUCAAGUUGCCAAUAAAACUGUAAAUAUUUGGGUCUUGAAAUCUGUACAUAUGCACAUCACAAAACAGGCCUAAAGAAUCUCCAUGAACAUCUGCU